AUGUCCAACACUGCAGAGGUCGCCCUGGUGGGAUCUCGGAAGCCGAGGCUCUGGCUGGGGCUGGGGCUGAGCCUUGGGGAGCGCUGUGAGCAUGGGAGCCGGGGGGGAGUAGCGGGGGAUGGAGCAGGGACAGGGGCAUUACCUGCCCCCGGGAGGCGGAGGCUGGCAGCGAAUGCCCGGGAGCGCAGGAGGAUGCACGGUUUGAACCGUGCCUUCGACGAGCUGCGGAAGGUGAUCCCGGCGCUGGAGGACAAGAAACUGUCCAAGUACGAGACGCUGCAGAUGGCUCAGAUGUACAUCGCGGAGCUGAACCACCUCCUACACAGCGCUGCCCAGCAACAGGGUGGAGAGGAAGAGACAGAAACUUCCGGACCACCCUCCCCACCGCCCGGACACUUACCUGAAACCCUCUCGCCUCCACGACUGGAUACAGCACACAAGGAAUUUGAGACAUGACAUAUAGUAAGUGGAGUGCGGCUUGGAAGAACCAGGCAACUUUGGAUCUCAGGUUUCCAAGGCUUCCCACUGUGCUGGAGACUAAUCCGGACAGAAUGAGUUUGCUAUCAACAUCUCUGUUAUUGUGGCAACUGAUGACCAGGAUGGUAGAAGGCGAACGAGGUGGACCUCGGUCUUUUCUUGUCUAGCAAUUCCUAUGUUCCUUUGACGGUUGGAAAAUAACCCGAGUUUUGUGAACUCUCUCUCCUUCUCUUUGCUUAUGGACUUUCUUUCUAUAUGUAGAAUUUUCUGAGUUUUUUUCCAAACCCAGGUUUUUUUUUGCAUAUAUCAUUUAUUUUCGUAAUUUUCCCCCCAAAAAAGGCUGGUUUAACCCGACUCGGGAGGGAAAUGGUUGAAUGAAUGAACAGGGUGGGCUGGUGUAUGUAUGUUAUGUGUAGUUUGUUAAUGUCUGUCACUCUGUGGAUUAUUGUCUCUCAAACUUUUAUUAAGAUGUAUAUGCAAUGGAUUUAGGUAGUUUCCGGUUCAUUCUCCCACCACCACCCCCAUAGUAAAAUAUCUAUGAUUUAGAUCGAGGAAGAACUGGGCACUAUCUACUUUUUCUGUUAUCCUUUCUGUAAUAUGAUUGGAAUGUAAUAAUUAUAAUAAUAAUCCUUGCAUUUUUGAUAU